CCGAAUGCGAAUUUUCGAUUGUGCUGUAGGAGUUGUUGCAUCACACUUUGAAAAAAUCAAAUUUCCUCAAAAGUUUUCCACAAUUUUCAGUGGUAAAUCGCUCCAACAAUUAUGGCAUCCUUGGCUCACAACUUGCGGCACCUCAUCUGCCGAAACGCACCGUUGCUCCGGAAUGUGUCGCUCCGUGCAUUGACGGUGCCCGUCUCGCAAAAAUUCAUGCUGCAUCAGAUGGCCGGACAGCAGCCAUCAUUAUUUGCCGUAAACAAGACUCGCUUGCUGGGUCGUUGGCAAAACCAAGUGCAAACACGCAGCUACAGCGACAAGGAUCCGCUUACCAUUAAGUUUAUCGCCGACCGUGUUCUCUUAGUUCUCCGACUAUACGACAAAGUUGAUCCCGAAAAGUUGACAUUGGACUCGCACUUCAUCAACGAUCUCGGCUUGGACUCCCUGGAUCAUGUGGAGGUGAUCAUGGCGAUGGAAGAUGAAUUCGGCUUCGAGAUUCCCGACAUGGAUGCCGAAAAGUUGUUAAGGCCUCGCGACGUCGUCCAGUACGUGGCUGACAAGGAGGAUAUUUACGAGUAAAAUGGCAGUUUUUAAGUUUUCAUGCCCAUGCUACAGAUGGGAUUUUCGAUUAAAGACCCAAAAAUAAACAAUAAACAUGAGAAAAAUGUAGAUAAUUAGUCUUAAAAAUAUACAAAAAUUUUAGUCAUUACGAGAAUUUCUGCCCUUAAAAUAAAUGUGAGAUCACUGCAAUUUCAGUUUUGUAUCAAAUAAAAGCAUUUCUUGGAUUAAUUUCGUGAAUUUAAAAAAGGACUUCCUUUGAGCAUUGUCACAUAAAA